GAGGAUUUUGAUCCGGAAGUUAUUCGUUUAGCAACAGUUCAACAAAAUUAUAUUUAAAAAAAUGAUCACAUUUAAAUAGAGCACUCCGAGAGAAGUUUAACAGCAGGUUCACAUCUGGGCCGCAAUGGCACACAUAACAAUCAACCAGUAUCUCCAACAGGUUUAUGAGGCCAUUGAUAAUCAUGAUGGGAGCUUCUGUGCAGAACUGCUGUCAUUCAAACAUGCACAUGUGGCUAACCCACGUCUCCAGCUGUCCAGUCCAGAGGAGAAGUGUCAACAGGUGCUGGAGGUCCCGUACGAUGAGAUGGUCGCAGCUCACCUGAGGUGCACUUACGCAGUGUCCAACCACGACUUCGUUGAGGCGUACAAAUGUCAGACGUUGGUGGUUCAAUCAUUCCUGAGGGCUUUCCAAUCUCACAAAGAGGAGAACUGGGCCUUGCCAGUGAUGUUCGCUGUGACGCUGGACCUGCGUAUAUUUGCAAACAAUGCGGAGCAGCAGCUACUGAAAAAGGGAAAAGGCAAGCAGGGAGACAUGCUAGAGAAAGCGGCUGAGCUGCUGAUGGGCUGCUUCAGAGUGUGUGCUAGUGACAAUCGGGCUGGUAUUGAUGACUCCAAGAAGUGGGGAAUGUUGUUUCUCAUCAAUCAGCUUUUCAAGAUUUACUUCAAGAUCAACAAGCUGCACUUGUGUAAGCCCCUGAUCCGAGCCAUCGACAGCUCCAACCUGAAAGACGACUACAGCAUGGCCCAGAGAGUCACCUACAAAUACUACGUCGGCCGCAAGGCCAUGUUCGACAGUGACUACAAGCCAGCGGAGGAGUACCUGUCCUUCUCGUUCCAGCACUGCCACCGCUCAAGCCAGAGGAACAAACGCAUGAUUCUCAUCUACCUGCUGCCCGUCAAGAUGCUACUGGGUCACAUGCCCAGUCACCAGUUGCUCAGGAAGUACGACCUCAUGCAGUUUGCCGACGUCACGAAAGCUGUGAGUGAGGGAAACCUGCUGCUUUUGAACGAGGCCUUGGCGAAGCACGAGACCUUCUUCAUCCGCUGUGGGAUCUUCCUCAUCCUGGAGAAGCUGAAGAUCAUCACGUACCGGAACCUCUUCAAGAAAGUGUACCAGCUUCUGAAGACCCACCAGCUCCCCCUGGAUGCCUUCCUGGUAGCUCUGAAAAUGAUGCAGGUGGACGAGGUGGAUAUUGACGAGGUGCAGUGUAUCCUGGCCAACCUAAUCUGUGAGGGUCACAUCAAGGGCUACAUCUCUCACCAGCACCAGAAACUCGUCGUCAGCAAAGCAAAUCCAUUUCCCCCUCUGUCAUCCUCUUCCUAAACUACAUAUCCCAUCAUUCUCUUCACCUAGCAACUGUUCCCGAAAAAUAUUUGUUCAUUUUGGUUCCUUUUUAUU